GAAUGGAAAAUAACAUUUCAUACUGAAUAAAGAUAUCCAUUCUGUUACCAUUAUCUAUUAAUACAAAAAAAGAGAGAAAACAAGACUGGAAGAUACUUAGUGUCUCAGAAAACAGAUUUUGCAUGGCUAAUAUAAAGAACAGAAAAAAUCAAGUUUAUUUCCAAAUAAUGACCCAUUAAAAACUCCCAUCUAACUAACACUAUUGUCUUUUACUGAAAUAUGAUUAAGCAGUUCUGCUCUAGCUCUGAUAAUUAUUGCCCCAGCCAUAGCAUUUUAAAUAAAUAUCACGAAAGGACAACCUUCUAUAAAUUGAUCCAUGUUGCUGAGUACACAUUUUAUUUUUAACAGCCAGUGUAUGCUUCAGUUUUUUUCUGCCCUGCCUCCUCAGAUUUCGUCUUCACUCUGAUAAUUGCCCAUCUCCUAGCCCCAUCAUUUCAACUGAGCUGGAUAAACUCAAGAGACCCUUUGUCUGGGGCACACAAAAAGAAACUACAUGUACACGGGGGAAUCUGCUGGGGGAGAGGACUGUGACAGGCAGUGGACCAAUUCUGUUGUUGCUGCUCUGAAGGCCUUAAAGGGACAUCGAAAUACAUUAAUUGGAGUGAUGGGCAAGAAGCAGCAAAUUCAUUGUGGUCUGCACAAGCACUGUGAAAAAUGUUUCAACCGAUAUUGCCAGGUUCCAGUUGAGCCUACUGUGUCUUGUGUGGUGAUCAGCUGUCGAUCUCGCUGUGGUGCUGCCUUUCAUAUGUGUAAAGAGGAUGAGCACCAGCUCCUGUGUCCUCUAGAGCAAGUUUCAUGUCUCAACUCUGUUUAUGGCUGCCCUUUUACAAUGGCUCGUUUUAAAAUGGCAAAACAUCUACAAGUCUGCCCAGCCAGUGUUGUUUCCUGCUCAAUGGAAUGGAAUCGGUGGCCAUGUGUGGAAUCUGAAGCUAUUCUGCAUGAGAAUAUUAUGAAAGAAGAGCCCAGAGAAGAUUGUCUUGAUGUGGCCCUAGCCAUGAAAGAUCAAAAAGGUCUCUUUGGGGCCCUCAAAAUGGCUGAACUUUUUCCAGAAUGCAAAGAGGAAGAAAUAGAUGCUAAUGAUGAGGACAUAGGAGAUGAAUCUGCUGAAAGAGCAACUGGUGAUUUUGAAGCAAAUUAUGCUCAUCCAGCUGAACUUAGCCAGCAUGAACGUGAGCAUUUGGCAAAGGACAAAGAGGGAAUGGAUUUAGCUGGUUAUAAAACCUGGGAAAGUAUGUUUAGCAAAGAAUUGAAAGCAUGUAAUGUAACAGGUGCAUCGGCUGAUAAUGGGAAACAAAAAACAAAAAGCAAGUCUCUGAAUAAAGGACAGAGUUCAAAGAGUAGUGUGUUGGAAGAAAGUAAUAGUGUAAAAGAAAGUGAAGCUCAGUCCCCUUCUCAAAUCAAUUUAGCAGCUGAAAAGACAGGCCUGGCUCCUUGGCAAGAUGGCGUACUGGAGAGACUAAAAACAGAGGUUCCUAUAGCGGAGUACAAUAUGUAUCUAGUUCACCAUGGACGGAUGCUCAUUCAUUUUGGUCAGAUGCCUGCUUGCACCCCUAGAGAGAAAGACUUUGUAUAUGGAAAUCUAGAAGCUAAUGAAAUGAAGACAGAAAUAACCUUCAAAGUUCCAACCAGCUAUUGUGGCAGAAGAGCCCGACUUGGUGAUCCAACAGCACACAAGAAACCAACUAAGAACAUAUCUGUGGAUACUUCUGACUUAGGAGUAAAUCUUGAGGAACUUCCUAAAUGCAGUGCCAUAAAAACUACAUUGUUGUGUGCUCUGGAGAAGGAAUUGAAAGGACAUGAGAUAUCUCAAACAAAGAGUACUGAUGCUCUAUAUGUGGAUUUUGGGACACAAACGUAUAGGUUUGCCAUGGAGCCUUUCACUUCCACAACAGUUCUAUCAGACAUUCUAGAUGUAAAGGAUCCACCCAACCUCAACUUACAACUUCACAGUGAAAGUGUAACCCAAAGGCACAACAAAAGUAGCUCUGCUUUCACCUUUUCUUGCAACCACUUUUUCCGCAGAGAUGAAUUUCCUUCACAUUUCAAGAAUGUUCAUACUGAUAUCCAGUCGUGUCUCAAUGGAUGGUUCCAACAUCGCUGUCCACUUGCUUAUCUGGGCUGCACUUUUGUUCAAUAUCCCUUGUGCCCUUCUGGGCAAAGAUCAAAUGUUAUUUAUAGCCAGGAUCUCAAUACAUUUGCAGUGAAGCCAGAGGUUGACCCUGUCCUCUUACAAAUAAAUAAAAACAAAUUGAUAAGAAAUAGCCAAGUGAAAGAAAUGGAUGUUCUAAGCAGCCUACCCUUGGAGAUCCUCAAGUACAUAGCUGGGUUUCUGGAUAGCUUCAGUUUGUCUCAGCUGGCUCAGGUGUCUGUACAAAUGAGAGACAUCUGUGCUACUCUUCUCCAAGAAAGAGGAAUGGUUUUUCUGUUGUGGGAAAAGAAGAGAUAUAGUCAUGGGGGCACUUCCUGGAGAAUCCGCAAAAAGAUAUGGAAGUUUAGCAACCUCUUUUCUACAAUUAACAACUGGCAGUUCAGUGACAUCCCUUCUAUGGCUGUUCAUUUGAAGACUUGCCCUUUCUAUGAUGUGGAGCACAAGAAGGAUCCUGUUUUGCUGACUAGCAUGCUUUCAUCGGAAGAGGAGGUCCAAGAGACUUUAGUCUCUACAUUGAGACGUGGAUGUGAUUCAAAGAAAAAUCAGAAAAGACUGUUCUGAAGCCUAUUUAAAAAGGUGUUUCAGUUUUGAAAUAAAAUACCUGAAAUUAA